AUGCUCUUUUUUGGGCGCAUUCUCGGGAUCUUCUCUGCCAAAACCGUUCUGCUGGUGACCGUCGGCAUUUUCGAAGUUGGCAGUCUGCUCUGUGCUGUUUCUCCGAACGUGAAUGUCUUGAUAUUCGGAAGAGUGUUUGCUGGUGUUGGCGCCUCCGGUCUCAUGGUCUCGGUUACAAGCAUUCGGCAAAGACCGGUUUUCAUGGGCGUCUUCGGAGGUGUCUACGCCAUUGCCUCAAUCGUUGGGCCGCUUCUCGGCGGUGUUUUCUCAGACCAUGUUUCGUGGCGCUGGUGUUUCUAUAUCAAUCUCCCGAUUGGUGGCGUUGCUCUGCUCACUAUCGUAGCCUUUCUGCCCGCCAUUCGAGCAGCUGAGUCGGGUGAGACGACCAUGCAGGCAGUUAGAUCUCUGGAUUGGAUCGGCGUGUUCCUCAGCGUAGGGAUGGUGACUCUGUUCCUGAUUCCGAUUCAAUGGGGGGGAAAUGUGCGCGCUUGGAACGACCCUGUUGUCAUCGCGCUACUGGUCUUGUCUGGGUUAUUCUUGCUGGCGUUUAUCGCAUGGGAGUUGAAGACGGGCGAAAACAGUAUUCUCCCUCUCGCAAUGUUUACGCGGCGCAACCUUCUUGGGCCAUGUAUCGAAGGGUUUCUCGUGAAUAUCUGCUUCAUACUUGCAACGUACUAUCUGCCCUUCAUUUACCAGCUCCGGGGCCAUUCCGCGACGCGAUCCGGGAUCGAUAUAAUCCCUUUCAUGAUGAACAUUAGGUCGGUGUUCAUCCCGCCCUCAGCCUUCUCACAUCCUCGUGCAGCGGCGCUAUGUUCCGGAAUCGUCAUCACCAAAUUCGGACGUCCGUGGCCUUUCCUCUUUUUCGGUCCCAUGGUCGGCGCAAUCGGAUCUGGAUUGCUUUUUACCCUCAAUGGUGACUCAUCGACGGGCCGCAUUAUCGGAUAUCAGCUCGUUCUCGGCGUAGGGCUCGGCGUGACGCUCCAAAAUACGAUGGUCGUUGUUCAAGCUGAUUUCGCCAAGGAAGAAGCUCUGCUUUCCCGAGCAACGUCGGUUGUUACAUUUACGCAGACAUUGGGUGCUGCGGUCGGUCUCGCCAUCGGUGGAGCGGUGUUUUCCACCCAGCUGAAACAUCAUCUCGGUGAAAUCGCCGGGAUAGAUCCAAUCGCGAUCGCCACAGCUCUUUCAAGCAUCAAAGCAGUUUUCUCUUUCCCAAUCGAGAUCCGCGACCUUGUUCUCACGGGUUAUAUUCGAUUGCGCUACGGCUCGACUUUCAAGCUGAAUGUCGGUCUCCGGAAUCUUUACAUUCUCUCGUCGACAUCAAUGUUCAAGGACUUCUUUUUCAACCAUGCCCUGGAUCACCGCGAGCCGCACUUCCGUGCACUUGUCGCGCUGGGAAGCUCUGGCGAUGUCGAGCUGCUCUCAGUGCCUGUGCAUGAGCAAUUCUUACCGACGUUCGGGCGCAACCUGUCCCGGCGGGCAAUCGCGAACAGUAUCAGCACUCCGCUCUACGCGCAGCUGAGGCAGCGGUUCCGGGAGCUUUCCCAGUCCGGUCACACGUCCCAUCAACUGGCAGAUGUCAUCGGGAGGACCUUGUAUUCGACUUUAACUAGUGUUAUAUUCGGCCCUUCCUUCCCCCUGGACACAUACGACGACUUCAUCACUCUCGAUGACGCCAUGACAACCCUGAUGAGUCCCAUCGCGUUCACGGCCGUGGGAGCCAAGAGCGCGCGGAACCGACUGCUGAAGGUGAUGGUCGGAUACAUCGAGGAGAAUGGACCCUUUGCGGACACCUCAGUCGAGAUCGUUUCCAGCGCGCUCAAAUCUGUUGAGACCCUGCCUCUCCACGAGAAGGCUGUCUGUCUCCUCAGCCUUCUGUGGAGCGUCAAUUCGAAUCUGCUCAAGUCGAUCUGGUGGAUGAUGGCCUAUCUGGCCAACGACGCUGAAGCUCGGGAGAGUCUCGUGGCUGAGAUUCGAAACACGGUCGAGGAGCAGUCGGACGGAGACCUCCUUAGCAUGCUUGCUGCGGACAAAGAGCUGCUAUUCCGCCUGUUUCCGUGUGCGGAUGCGGCUGUCACGGAAACGCUUCGGCUGUGCACCCUGCCUGGCAGUCUCCGAGUCGUCGCCCGCGAUUUCGAGUUUCCGACGGAGGACAGAGGGAGCUCCAUUUCUCUCCGAGUCGGUGACCUGCUCAUGGCGAAUCACCGGCCCUAUCAUUUCGACGACGAUGUCUAUCCAGACGCGGGGAAGUUCAAGGCCGAUCGCUUCGUCGAGAAAACAGACACGGCACCGACCGCGAAGAUUAUGUCUUGGGGAUCAGGGGCUCACAUGUGCAAGGGCCGCAUCUUUGCCCAUCACGUCAUGAAGGUCUGGGCGAUUGCGUUUCUCCAAAGCUUCGAGUUCUCGUCUGCGGAGAAGGUACCGGAGCUGGCGCCCGGGAGCGGAAACGUGAUUGCAGAUUUCUCACGCGAUAUAGUCGUCAACUUGACCACGCAUGGACACCUGAAAGGCUACCGUCCUCUCCUCGAUCCGCACAGUCUUCCCGGAAACACUCUUCCUGCGAAUUCAUGGAGCAUGGGUUUCAUGUGGCCGUGGAUACAGCGAAAAACUGCUCAUUUCAACCACCAAAACGAUCUUACCACGCUUAUACCGCUGGUUGUCGGGAAUCCGAUGUACAUCGCAGCUUCGACAAACGUCGCGCGCCAGCUUUGGGUGAACGAGAUCAAGAAUGGCCUGGAGCGUCCGGCUGAUUUUACCACUGAUGGCGUCUGGGGCAGCAGCAUCGCGUCUGCGAACGGAGAUGAUUGGAGGAGGCACAGGCGCAUCGUCGCGCCUGCGUUUACUCAGAACAUGUAUCUAAUGUUUUCAUCGGUUCGCUUUGUCUCCGUCGCUGAUUUUUUCGUGAGAUUUACCUCUAUCGUUAACGAAUCUUCUUCGGUGUAUUCGGACAUGAAGAAAGAGUUUCACUCGGGUCAGACCAUCACAAACUUGCAUGCUCUGCUGCUGAGGUUUACCCUGGUCAUGAUAUGUCGUAGUGGUUUCGGUAUUGAAGUGGACUGGAAGCAGCGCAGCGGCUCCUCGAACAGUGCCUCCAUUUUCGAUCGAGCCCUGUCAUUGGCCUCAAAGACCCUCAUCGUCCGCCUUAUCUCUCCGAAAUGGCUCUGGAAGCUGCCUUUCAAAACGCUCAAGGACAUCAACGAAUCGUGGACGACCGUCAUCAGCCUUUCCAAUGAGUUGGCUGCACAGCGGCAGACGGAAUAUUCGAUAGAUAAGGCUGCGGGAGUAGAUGACGUGGCGGACAUAUUCACCAAGCUGGUAUCCACUCUGGAAAGCGACGCAAAAUAUUCGCUGGAUCCUCCCGAGGUCACUGCGAAUAUGCUUUCGCUACUAUUCGCGGGCAACGCUAGCGCGUUGAUGUCCACGAUCGUCAUGCUUGGAUUGCACCCGGACAUUCAAGAGACUGCCUAUCAGGAGAUUCUGCAGAACGUCUCCUCGCCCGAUAAUCUGAACCUCAACGAGAUACAAGACCUCAAAUACGUCCUGGCCUGCAUGAACGAGGCUCAUCGUCUCAUUCCGGCCACGAUCAAUCUGACCAGAGACGUUCCCAACGAUAUCGUGCUCCGCAGCGAACGUCCGGUUCAGCGCGACAUCGUCAUCCAGAAGGGCUCCCGAAUCAUGUUGGACAUCAUGGCCAUCUGUCACAAUCCACAUGACUUUCCUUCUCCGGAAAAAUACAACCCUGAACGCUGGUCCUCGGUCAACGACACGGAUGUGAUCAUGUUCGGCGCCGGGCCGCGGAGCUGUGUCGGCCGGCGGUUUGCGCAAACCGAGGCCGUCGUGUUUUUGGCGCAUCUGCUCCAUGAUUGGCGGAUUGAGACGGUGAUUAACCGGGGGAGUCUCAUGAGGGUGCUAUGGAACGCAUACUGGCCGGCGCAAGCAUGUUUGGGACAGCCUUUGCAUUGGGUGAGGUUCCAGUUCGAUUGGUCUCUAGAGAUCAGGCUUGAUAUCGCUGCAUCUUCUCGUUUCCCCCUCCUGAACUACGCCGGUAUUUUGUUCCAAAGACAGAGACUGCCGGCGAAAUAUUCAACUAGAGAUGAAAAAAGCUUAGUUAGAAUCUACUCUUAGUUCUUUCUGCGUAUGCGUGUCCAUUAUAUAUGAAUCGUGUCUCGAA